AUGAAGAGAGAAGAAAUAGAUGAUAGUAAUGACCGCUGCGUCCAUCAUGUAGGAUUUAGAGAAGGCAGACACAGACCCAUAUCGGCACCGCCUGUGGAUAAGUUCUUCAUAGAAGAUGAAGUAGAACUCGGCGACAUCCAAACAGAUCUGAACUAUUCUAUUUUUUACAGAAGAAAUUGCAAAAACGAGCCUCGACUACAGCCGCCAAGCUUCUUCAUAAGGGGACAAAGCGGAUAUUGGACAAGUCAGUACGACGACUUGAUAACCAAGGCAUUCUCAAACACAGGGUUUCUUGAUGUAGAGAUGGGCGGGGAUGCAUCUUCCGAACCUGAAAACAGCAGGUCUCUUGCGGAGAGGAUUGACGAGGACUACCCAGAAUCUGAGAAGAGUAGCGAGUAUAAGGGCACCUCAAGAGCAACCACUCCCAUUGGGAAUACGAAUGUGUUGGACACCGAAGUAUUCAGUGCAAUGCUAAACCUCAAGGCAGCAAGGGGCGCAGAAAAUGCGCAGGGGGGAAGCCACAGGUCCUCGCCUCCAGCUGGGAGCAUUGAAGGAACACUUGCGGACAGCAAAUUCUUUAGAGAGCUUCUAGAGAUCUAUGAAGAACAGGAUGGAAAGGGAUGUAAGAAUGUGUUUGGAGGAACAUCAAUGAAGGAGAUAUGUAUAAGUGUAAGUAAGGAUCAGGAGGGAAGUAGAUGCAUACAAAGAAAGAUGGAUAACAUUUCUAAAGAGGAGAUUUCGUGGUUCUUCAACAACAUUGCGGAUGCGGCUGCAGAUUUGUCUGCCAAUCUGUUUGGAAACUAUGUCAUCCAAAAGAUCAUACCUCUUCUAACUGAGGAAGAAAGAACAAGACUAACGGCCAGCCUGGUUGGGCAGAUCCAUCUUCUUUCUGUUCAUCCUUAUGGAUGCAGAGUGAUUCAAAAGUUGGUGGAUGUUUCUCCUGAUGUCGACUUUAUCCUGGAAGAGGUGAAAGGCAACUUACUAGAGUUGAUAGAGGAUCAGAAUGGAAACCACGUCAUCCAGAAGUGUAUAGAAAAGUGCAAGGACAGAAGGAUUAUUUUGAAGCAAUUUUCGGAGAACUCCUUGUUUCUGGCCACCCAUAAGUACGGAUGCAGGGUUAUCCAGAGGAUGCUGGAGUUCUGCAAAGAGGAAGAGAUCAAGGACAUUGUCGAAGUCCUUAUAAGUAACAUAAAAACACUUGUUGACGACCAAUAUGGAAACUAUGUUAUCCAACACAUUUUGACGGUUGGAAAAGAGAAGGAAAGGAAUCUAGUUAUCGAAAAAAUUAUAGAAAAAAGCUAUGAGCUGAGCAAGUGCAAGUUCUCAAGCAACGUUGUUGAGCAGUGCGUUAAGCUUUCGAACAACGGACAAAGAGAGCAGUUUCUGGAGAAGUUUCUAGAGCCUGUGGGAGCCAAGCCUGGAAUGUAUUCCAUGUGCAUUGACAUGUAUGGAAACUAUGUUGUGCAGCGCCUGUAUGAUUCCUCUGGAGAAAACAUACGGAAGGAGAUCAAAAAUACAUUGAGACCUUUUGUUAGGGAUCUCAAAAAGUCUCCAUUUGCCAGGCACAUUCUCUUCAAAAUCAACACAUGA